AUGCGAUUAGGUCGUUUUAUCAUCGCCACUGCAUUAUUGGGCGGUGCGAUUGUGAGCGCAUCACCGUUCCCCUAUGUUGUUCAUGAAGAGCGCUCGCAGAUAUCCAGCAGGUGGCAAAAGCGAUCACCGCUCAAGCUAUACAGCAGGGCUAUGACUUCACAAGAUAUCGUCAUGCGCAUCGCGUUGACACAUCAAAACCUCGACGUCGCAGAGCAGGCAUUGAUGGGUAUAUCCCAGCCGGAUUCGCCUUCGUAUGGUCAACAUUGGACCGUCGACCGUAUUUCAAAGGAGUUUGCGCCGUCUGAUAGCGCCAUUGAAGCCGUGAAGAAUUGGCUGACGACUGAAGGAAUUUCUGAAGCGGCCAUCUCACUGUCCACGGACAAGUCAUGGUUCAAAGUUCGCACCAACUUUGAUGAUGUGGCAUCUUUAUUAAAGACAGAGUUCCAUGUCUACCAUGAUACUCUUACAGGAAAUUAUCAUAUUUCAUGCGACUCUUACAGCGUCCCCGAAUCCGUGCAGACAUAUAUUGAUUUCAUUACGCCAACUCAACUUAUACCGCGUCGAGCAGAGCGAUCGUCGACCAUUUCUGCCGAUGUAGUGCCUUUGCCUGAGCAGCUUAUGAAUAGCGACCCCGACGAUCUUUCUAAUUGUGAGCAGGCAAUAACCCCGGCUUGCAUUCGGAAGCUGUACAACAUUCCCCUGCCUUUAAAUUCAACCAAUCGGGACAACGCUCUCGGUAUCGUUGAACUUAGUCCAGAAGGGCAAUAUUCACAGAUUGAUCUUGAUCUUUUCUUCUCAAACUACAGCAAAUCUAUGGUCGGAAAAUUCCCCUUUCCCAUUGGCAUCGAUGGGGGAGUGCCACAGUACACGGAAAACUUCACCUACUUUGACGGACUGCUGGAAGCUGACAUGGACCUUGAGCUCGCCAUGUCACUUGUUGGUCAUCUGAAUGUCAGUGUGUAUACUGUCGGCGACCAAUACCAUGGGGGAAGUUUCGGUCUAUGGCUCGAUGCCCUGGAUGCCUCUUAUUGCACUUUCGAGGGUGGCGAUGUUGCAGGCCAGGACCCUGUCUAUCCAGAUAAUAGUAACGCAACCUCCAAUGGCGGAAAACCUUAUAACCAUACGGCAGAUUGUGGUACUGCGCCAUCUGCAUACGUCUACUCACUCUCCCUAGCUAGUAUUGAGGAAACCGAUGCCGCAUCGUUAGCUUAUCAGCGUCGUAUGUGUACCGAAUUCAUGAAACUCACCAUGCAAGGAUCCACUUUCCUUUUCGCUUCGGACGAUUAUGGAGUGGGUGGUCCACAGGCUGUAGGCUGUGGUGCUCCCAACGAUCCACCCGGCAGUACACUCUUCACGCCGGCGUUUCCAGCUACCUGUCCGUGGGUGACGGCUGUCGGAGGCAGUGCCAUCAACUUCAACAACACCGUAUAUGACUCAGAGGUGGCGUAUGGACUCAGUGGUGGCGGAUUCAGCAAUGUUUUCUCUAUGCCAACUUACCAGAAAAAAGCCGUCUUGGAUUGGUUUAAUCACACAUCCACUGGCUAUCCCGAUGGCACAUUUAAUACUACCAAAAAAGCCCGCGCUAUACCUGAUCUAGCCGCGAAUGCUGUGAAUACUGUUGUCGCCUCCAAUGGUAUCUGGACAUCGGGCGGUGGAACGUCUGCCGCGACUCCCAUUGUUGCAGCAAUCCUGGCUUUGAUUAACGAUAAGCGGCUAGACGUGGGAAAAGGCCCAGUAGGUUUUAUCAAUCCAGUCAUCUAUGCAAAUCCACAGGCAUUUAACGAUGUCAUACUCGGAAAUAACGCUGCUUGUAACACUGGCGGCUUCAAUGCGACUGCGGGUUGGGAUCCAGUCACAGGUCUAGGGACACCGGAUUAUGAGAAAUUAUUGAAGGUUUUCCUAGAUCUUCAAUGA